AUGCUCAUUCAUAGCGAAGUCCCACCAUGCCUAGUUUCCAAACCCUCAUCGAAAAUGACCCGCACCAAGAACUUCAACCAUCGCAAUCGAUCAGACCGUGAGAGACAAUUGCCCCGAAGAGUUAUUAUUCCUCGAGAGGUUAGCGAUAAGCUCGCAUCACCCACAAUCCUCCCCGCUGUCAAAGUCAAUUUUUUGAACAGCAGAAACGCAGAAUUAGUCGCGUGGAAGACGUUUCAGGAAGCCGUGAGAGCACAAGCAAGAGCGAUUGCUGCGUAUCAGAACGCCGUCAGUGACUUCAAGUUGGUAUGGGAAGAGAUUCGAAGUGAGGAUGCGGUCAUGAAAUCUGCAACGGUUUGA